AUGGACAAGUCCAGGUUCGUUGAACUGCUGAAGGGGCUGCAGACUUCAGAAAAUGCCGUGCGACAGCAAGCAGAGACAAUGUACCAGACUGCAAAGCAAUCUGAGCCGGACAACCUCAUAAUAGGAAUGAUGGCCGUCUUGGGAAGCGCAGACGUGCCCGAGGGCGUUCGGAGGCACGACUGCGUCCUCUUGCGCCAGCUGGUAACCAGGGGGGCUGAGAAGGAUUUCGUCUAUGCCAGGAUAACCGAUGCACACAAGCAGGAGGUUGCAGCGGAGCUCUUGCGGCAGUACGAGCAGGAGAAAUUACCAGCGAUACAGAAGAAGAUUGGCGAGGUGAUCUCCAAGUUGGCAGACUACGUUUGCGACACGGAUGAUCCCAGAGCCAGCCUCGGAGCUCCGUCCGGCUGGCCGGCCUUGCUACCACAGGUCUUCCGAAUGGCUGAUACGAGCACAGCCACUUCAGUUGAGAGCUGUGAGUCAGCUCUUCGGCUCCUGAAGGACUGCGUGCCGACGCUGAAAGAUCAGAUAGUUGCAGCGAAACAGCAGUUGGGCCAGAUCAUUCAGAACGGCUUAGCAUCGCCGCAGGUCAAACACAAAGUAGCAACCUUCCUCCUGGUCUGUGAGAUUGUGACUGAGACGGAAAAGAAAGCUUGGGCGCCCCUACUUUCCACCGUCAGCGUCCUCGUGCAGGUGCUCACGGCCCUCGCGCAAGCAAAAGACGAGAACCUGCUGCAAGAGUGCAUCCAGGCCUUCACGGAUGUGGCCACCGUUGAGCCCGACUUCUUCAAGGCACAGCUACAGCAGACAAUGGAGCCGGCGAAGUUCAUGGCGACUGUUGCACGCACUCGCGAGAUCGAUUCUGGCCUGCGUGGCCUUGCGAUAGAGUGGCUCGUCAGCUUCGUGGAGAAGAGGUCAAAAUUCCUCAGCAAGUCUGCACCAGACUUUAUCAAUCUCACACUUGAGUGCUGCAUGAGCCUCAUGCUCGAGGUUGACGAGUCUGAAGACAAGCUGAAGGAGUGGAUAGAGCGCAUGGACGAUGAAGAGGGAGAGGAGGAUGAGGACGAGCUCUUCCACACUGGAGAAGAAUGUAUUGAUCGUGUGGCCGAGGCGGCUACCAUGGAGACCAUCGCGAACGGCCUUUUCAGACUGAUCGCACAUUUCUCCCAGCAGGAUUCAUGGCAAGCGAAGCACGCAGCACUGGCGGCGGUGAAGCAGACCGUGGAGUACGUCGAGGAAGAGCAUGUGGACGAGAUGGCCAAGCUUCUGCUCGGACACGUUGAUCAUCCACAUCCAAGGGUGCGCUUCACUGCUCUCCAUGGUCUGGGUCAGCUUGCCAACGACCAGUCUCCGCACUUUCAGGAGAGAUCGCACCAGCAAGUUAUGCCCGUUCUGACCCGGAAGAUGGACGAUCAGGUGGACCGCGUGUCAGCCAUGGCCAUGUCCGCCUUCGUCUCAUUUGGCGAGGCAUAUGUGGGCGCACCGCCUGUAAUGCGCGGCUCGGCAGCCGUUCAGCCAAGGUCCGUGGCACCUGUGGAUCAUCCCAUGAUGGCCAACUGCCAAAGACCACUGCAGCCAAUCGUCGCACAAACACAGAGGCUUCAAGCCCGUCCUCACAUGGCGCUGCCUGCGGCUCACGGGUCACAGGCGCAUGCCUUCAGACCACAGCUGGUCCAGCAAGUGGCCAGGCCGAUAAGUGUGCAAAUGGCCGCACAAAGCACAGGGCCGGCACAUGCAGGUCCUCCCACCGGCGGCCAAUUCAUGCCAGAGCCACGACGCUGGGAGCCGCCUCAGCUUCAAAAGGAAAGGUCUGCGCCCAUUCCAACCCAGGUAGGAGACAGCGUUGCUCACCUCUCCACACCACAGCUGGUUCAGCUUUGCAAACACCACACCCAAAGCCUUGAGACCAAGAAGCAAAUCUUGGCAGAGAAUGUUAAAGAACAAGGCAGACUUCUAAAGGAGCGCGAUGCACUUCGAAAGCGAGCGCAGGCACUGGAAGGCGCUCUAAGCGCCGCCUCAGGACCCUUAAGCAUCCAGCCGGCCAAAGAAGUCGAGGGUCCUGUGGUCGCGCCAGCGCAGGUCUCCACUCAAGCACCGGCAGCACAGAUGGCGAAAGCAGUGACGCCUGAACCUGCCACUCUACCGAGGGUGUCACCCACAGUGCAUUCUGGUGCAGCAACGUCACCGGCGCUAGCCGUCGGUGGAGAUUUUGUGAACCACACUGUGAGGUCGGCAGAAGUGCAAUCAGCUGCGCCAGCCACACCAGCCGAGCCCUGUCGCCCAAACUUACUGGCCACCCUCCCAGCUAAGCAGAUUCCUCCAAGUGCUGCGGACAGAUUACUUGCGUCCCAGCCUGCUCAGCGGGGUCUUGCGGGUCCCGGGCAAAGCCCUGACAGCCAGCUCUCGAUCCUUGCAGCACCUUCCAGUACAGCACCCCACCCGACCAACACCGCAGCAUUUGCAUCACCGUCAACAUGCAUUGCAAGCAGCGGCGAGCUGCCGACCAGCGUGCCUACACAGCCUACACACUCAACACACGACACUCUUGCGACAGCUCUGCCAGCUGUUUCAUUACCCACACCACGACCAUCUGACAGUCAGCCAGCAGAGCCUCUUCAACAGCCUCAGCAACUGCCACUCCAUGAAGUGAUGACGGCACCGGUCCAGCAGCCAGACCCUGUUGCUCUGGCUGGUGGAGCAGAGCUGCACGCUACGCCUCUGGAAACAGAACCCGAGCAGACGGAACAGGAAAGUGUUGCUGCAAGAAGUCCCGUCGGCAGUCCUGCAAAACCGACAUCCCCAGAGGAAGCGGCUGGUGUUGCAGUUUCGCCUGGGCAUUUGGGUAGUCCCGAGCCUCCAGUCAAGCCCAUCUUCACAGCAUUUAGCGAAUCGCCGUCGAGCCCUUCGCAGCUGCCCUGCAGCGGUGAUGCUGCAGCUGGUGUAGGCGGUCCCGUGGCGGAAGAGUCCAAGGCGUCCCCACAUUCCCUGGUCUUGGGCAGCCUGGACGGCAGCAGUGUCGUGCCCGACUGCGACAACCUGGCAAACAAGGAAGAGGGCACUUCACCGCAGGCGCCCACGCCGGAGAGGGUUGCGGCACCGGCGGCACAUCCGGUGACGCAACCCCAAUCACCCGAGCCACAGGCGGCCAAGGUGGACAGCGUGCCCAUUCCCGAGGAAGUCAUGGCACGAGCCCUUCCGGAUGGCACCAUUAGGUUGACGUGGUUCUUUGACGAGGAACUGCUCGAGCAGCUUUCCAGCGGUUCUCCGAACACCCUCAGCUUCGAAAUUUGCCAGAAGUCGGAGACGGUGGGAGGCCACGUGAGAAUCCGACAGCACAGCUGCCACGCCAGACUGCCUUUCAAAGACGGUCUUGUCCAGGAGCAGUUCUUCAUCGUGGAGGGUUGUGCGCCGGGUCGUCCCUACUCUUUCAGUGUUCGGAGCUGCCUUGAGCGCUUGACUCAGAGCUUCUGUGUGUCCGACUAUAGCGACCCUGUGACUUGCAGCGCUGCAGGCCUAGCAGGGUCAGUGCGUGGUCCUCCGUCUUUGUCGUCCACCUUGACUUCGACACAAGCGGCCCAAGAGAUCGGAGUUGUCAAAGGAGAUGGGGCCAUUCUGGUGCCACGAGAGGCAACGGGAAGUGGGCCAGUGGAGAGUCCGCCCUGCAACUUGCAGAAAGCUCGCGAUGACCAGCCCUUCCAAGCAGCAAAGCCGGAGUUGCGAAGCGAUCGAUUACUACCAGAUGAAGGAUGCCGCCUCCGACAAUGGCUGACUGACAAGCUCAAUCCAUCACCUGGCUCGACGGCCGCCUCGACUGCGAAGUCUCCUGCAGGAGGUGAAAGCUCCAUGUCUGUGAAACCAACGUCCGCUCAGCAGGCUGGCUCGCCACCGCAACUACAGACUGACCACAGCUUUCUGAGGCGGUGGCUGCAAGACCGUCAACUUCCAGCUGAGGUUGUGCAACCAGCAGCAGGUUCACCCGCGGCCGGUGACAGAGCUGCUCAGGCUCCCAUGGCUCCUGUGGCUCCCCUUAACAAGCGGAUCCAGGAGGAGUCUCCAGAGCCAGAUGCUCCCGUGCUUGCAGGUCUAGCACCACCCGUUCAGAGAAGCGCUGCUGCGACCACUGCUGCGAGCUACCAGCCGUUGAGGUCUGAUGCCGAUGUCGACAUCACGCGGCUGCCAGCCGACCAGGGUCGCGUGCAAGUGCCAGGUGGUGCUGCCGAUCGGAGGCACGAGACGAAUCCACCGUCUUGCCCAGACUUCAGGGUGCAUGUCCGCCCGGACGGCACCUUCAUUGGGGCCGCGCGCUCGCAGUCCUUUGGAGGAGUGGAGCGACGACAGACUCUCGCCUCGGGCCAGAUGCCUGGCCAGGCAGACAUGCCGCGGUCCGUGCGGCACUGCCAGGCAUUUAGCCCGGUAUCGCGUGACGUUCGCGGCCAGCAGCUGCCGAUGUCUAUAUCUAUAGCGCCGCCGUCGCCCAGCGGCUCCUUCGCAAGCCAAGCAGGCCUGUCCAGACCGGCAGAUGCCCUCACCACCGUCACCAGCCUGGCGCCAGCAGGAGGGACGGCAUGGAAAACAGGCCAGCCGAUGGCGCAAGACCCUUUCCAGACAAGGCCUCUUCAGAGCCAGGGUCAGUCUGCCCUCCUAGCGCCCUUCGGGGGCAUGGGCUCAUCGGAAGCGGCCAACUACCUGUUUGGACCGAUCAAUCCGAACCCGUUCGGUUCGGGGGCGAUCGGAACGACGCGGCCCUUCAAUUUUUCCGCACUAGGAGGAUCCGUCCGCGACGCGCCGAGCGGCAACUUCUUUGCAAAGACGAGCUCGACGCCUACCUCCUACAUGAGUCGAGGCAUCGAUGAGGAGCAAUCCCGGCCUUUCGACCCUCCGCCACCGCCACGCAGCGCCCCGUCACUGUACGGUGACGGCAGUGUGCAGUCAGCCCCCCUGCAGCAAGCGCAGCAUCCACAGCAAAGCAUUCCUUGGAACGAGCCUCGUCGAGGUGCUUCCGGAAGUGUCGGCGGCUUUGGAGCUGCGCAGAGUGGUCUCAGCGGCGCUGUCGGCUGCGGUGUCGGAGUGACGCAGAACCUGGGAUCCUUGAAUGCGCAGGGCUUCAACAGAGGCAGCCAAGCGAGAUACGAACUGAGAGUUCGAAUGUCAGACAGUCACUGGGAAAGCUUGAGAUUCUCAGCCGGUGACGACCUGGAUUUUCAAGGAAGGCAGUUUAUUCAAAGACUCGGUCUGAAGAGUGCCUUUCUUUCCGGCCUCGUGGCAAGACUGCGGCAGAUGGCGUCAAUUCAGCAGGAUUAUGUAUCAGGUGGAAGUGACGCUGCAAUGCCGUACGGGCCGUAUCGAGACGAGGUCAUGAAGCUGCAAAACUCGCAACAUCGCGGUGCCUGGGUCCCAGUUCGGGAGGAGGCCAUCACCUCCAUCGCGGUCAUCGCCGGCGUCAUGGAGAAGGACUUUGUCCAGUACUAUGACAGCAUCAUGCCAAUGUUGAAGAGUUUUGUGAUGACCGCCACCAGCAAGAAGGAGAACCGACUUCGUGGUAAGUCUUUCGAGUGCAUGUCGCUGCUUGGAAUCGCGGUCGGAAAGGAGAAGUUCCUCAAUGAUGCGCGGGAAGCCAUUGGGGCAAUGAUGAACACCCAGGUCGAGGCUGACGAUGUCCAGAGAGAGUACAUCAAGGAGGCCUCUGAGCGAAUUUGUACCUGCCUGAAGAAGGACUUCAAGCCUUUCUUGCAGCCGCUGCUGCCGGGAAUCUUCAGGAACCUUCGCCUGGACGACUUGCAUGAUCAGGCGCCAGCGUCGGGCGGAGCCGAUGAGGACGAAUAUGUGAAGGUCUCGACAGGCGACGGCAAGACAGUCCGAGUCCACACGGAGAAGUUCCACGACAUGAUGCAGUCCGUACAGCUCCUGCAUACCUUCGUGACGGAGAUGGAGUCAGGUUACUUCGAAGCCGUUCCUGAUACGGCCCAGGUGCUUUUGCCUCUAUUGUCCGCCACGGAUGAUGCAUCAAUGCUUUGCGACGAGGUGCGCGGAACUGCUUUGCAGGUUUGGUCCCUGCUGAUCAAAGCGGCUAGGCUCGGAGCGCAGGAGAGAGGCCAGCCGAAUGCCAUGGCCAAGGAACUGCUGCAGAAGGGCCUGGAGGCUGCCUUCCACCAGUUGCAGACUUACCAGGACGCUGAGCAUCUGCAAGAGAUCUCCUCUGGUGUGGCCGAGUGCAUCAAGAAUGUUGGUCCUGGUGUCCUCGGUAGCGAUGAGGUCCAGAAGCUGACAGCCAGUGUCUUCACACUCCUGGACCAGUCUUUGCAGAGAAGUGCCCAACAUGCCAAGGAGCAAGCCAAAGAGAAGCAUGAGGCGAGUGCUUUGCCACAAGAGCUCCAUGCCGGCGAUGAAGACGAGGACGAGCACGACCUCACCGCAGAGGAGGACCAGCUUCGAAGAAACUACGAGGAGGUGUUGGGAGCCAUGAUGAAGGUCUCGCCCGAGCAGUUCCUUCCCUGCCUGUCCGGCUGCGCUGAGCGCAUCCAGCAGUGGGUAGCAACCAAGGAGAACAAGGUGUUGGGCCUGUACUUGGUCUGCGAUCUCCUUGAUCACUUGAAAGAGCACUCACAGAGUGCUUGGCCCAUCUUCAUGCCCAAGAUCUUCGAGUCGAUCCAUGACGAGGAUCCAGAUGCGAGGACUGCAGCAGCGUACGCGGUGAACCUGGCUGCGCCGCUUGCAAAGUUUGCAGAGGCGGCGCCUGAGGCCUUCAAAAGAGUGGCCAUGGUAGUCGGGAAGCCAAAGCCUAAGAAGCGAGAUGAGAAAGCGAAGAUUGCCAUGGACAAUGCAGUAGCUGCACUCCUGUCCUUGCUAAAGGACAAGGGCCAGCUUUGCCCUCCGGAUGUGCAGGCAGGGGACUUGAUCCUUUCAAAGCUACCCCUCCGAGAUGAUUGCGACGAGGCCAAAAAGGUCCACGACAAACUCAUCGACAUGGUCCUUGCUCAGAACCAGGGAAUUUUGGGGCAAGACAACCGAAAUCUGGGGAAAGUGCUGGCAUUCUUGGCUGAGAUCUACAAGCAAGAAGAAAUUUGCACCAAAGAAAGCGACGAGAAGGUUCUGAGAAUCUUCAAAUCGCUCCCACAGAACGUCCUCGUUGGCACCUGCCUCAGCACUGGUGUACUUUCCUGGAUGACUUGCCUGCUUUCUCUGCCUAGGAAGGGCUGGAGAUGGUAG